GAGUGACUCCUCCUUGUGAGAGAAGUAGACAACCUCAGGGCAGGUCCUGUUUUCCCUCUCAGAACUACAAUCACUAGUUCCCUCUGAGAGCUGAGACUGAACUACACCUUACCUUCUUGAGGACUCAGUGAGGAUCAGAUUUGGGUCUUCAAAUUAGAAGACUAGUACAGCCUCUGAAGUUCACCAGGUCGAUUCAGCUCCUGCUGAUUUCACCAUUCGUCCUGAUGAAUGUGUCCCAAACAAUGGAGACAGAGGAGGACCUCCUGACUUGUCUCCACAUCAAGUUUUACCACCCUCAGCAGAACUGCAAGGGUCUUUUUGGUCUGCUUCCCUUUGGGACCAGGAGCCGACACCCAGCAGACGAUCCUCUUCGGCUGGGUCGUGAUGCCACGGCUUGCACCUUCGCCCUAAAUGACAUGCGGGUGUCUCGCAAACAGUUUGUCCUCUUUGCCUACCGCACACCUCAGAGCCUGGAAAUGCUUUUCACAAUCCAGAACCUGAGCCAGAAAGGGAGACUGUCAGUGAAUAGCUCGGCGCUGGGGUUCCUGGAAAGAAUGGACCUCCCAGAUAAAGCCCUGAUCCGGUUUGGAGAGUAUGAGAUGCUCAUCAUCCGUGAAUCGGGCGAGGCCAAAGGAAGCUUUGAGGUGGGGUUUGAGGUGCUGGCAGUGCCUCCAUCCAGAGAGACGUGCAUGUGUGUGUCCAGUAGUACACCAGUCAUGGACACAGGCUCAUAUGUGAGCACCAGUUUCCCAGCUGAACCCACGGCACUGGGUCCUCUGGAGAGUGAUGAAACCCUCAUGUGUCCGUCAUGAUGUGAAGCUCAUGCUGAAAGGUGUUGACUUUACUUGUACUGAUAUAUAAACUAGUGUAGUUGUUUCAUG